UGUUAUUUCCUCAUUCCGUUUCGGCGUCGCGGCGAGAUAACGCGCGUUGUUUAUUUGCGUUUUAGUUUUAAGUUAGCGCGUUUUUACCCACCGCCGGUGUCGCCCAAAUAAUGCUAGACACAGCCUAGAGCAACGGCAAUCCAUAUAGUACUCAUACCGCCAAACAAGCAGAAACCGAAACGGAGAAAUGGGCCGCAGCCGGAGUCCCGCCUCGCCGGCGCACAGGAGACGCGAGAAGGAGCGAUCCGAACGCAAAAAACGUAGGGAGCGCCGUUCCCGGGAAAGGGAGGCAAUUGGAGUUGCUCCUUCCGGAGGAUCUGGAGGUGGAGGUGGUGGCCCCAGUCGACGUGAGCGGGAUCGCGACCGCAGUCGCAGCCGGGAGCGAGACCGUGAUCGUGUACGGAGCCGGCGUUCUAGAUCGCGUUCGAGGGGUGUCGGAGGAGGCGGCGGUAGUAGCGGCGGCAACAGCAGCUCAGGACCAUCGACGUCGCGAAGGACGACGAGGAACAAUGCGGCGGCCACAGCUGCCGAUCGGCCCAAGAUCAACGAGGCGGACCUGGAGGGUAAAUCACCGGAAGAGGUCGAGAUGCUCAAGACAAUGGGAUUCUGCACGUUCGACACCACCAAGAACAGGAAGGUCGAGGGCAACGAUGUCGGAGAAGUGCAUGUAAUCCUGAAGCGAAAGUACCGCCAGUACAUGAAUCGCAAGGGUGGCUUCAACCGGCCUCUCGAUUUCGUGGCCUAGCAGUCCUUUGCGACAGCCAUCUCCACAUUCUUUUCCUUUGCCCAACUAGUUUGCUACGCUUUUUUACUUGUCCGUUCCCAAUGGGCAAUGGGCGACGGACGAAGACCUGCAAUUUUAUGCAAUAGACCGGUUUACGAAAUUAAGCCAGCUUUUGGCCCCGUCAAAAUUUCCAUUCAUCAUGCAAGUUCUGCAAGAGGACAGCCUCAACACACUCAUACCUCAAUUAGUUAUUUAGUAGUUUAAGCCUGAAGAGUGCGCCUUUGUUAUAGAGUUGGCCCUGGCCCCCAGGUUAAUUUUACAACAAAUAUCUGGGGCUGAAAGCAACACCAACCCUCCUCCUCGGUCGGUUGGAGAAUCUGCUUUCAGCUGCAGUCGACGACGCACGACGAUUGCUUUUUGAAUAUUUCAAAGUAAUUAACAAUUGUUUUUGUUGACAUCUCACCAUUUUGUACGAAUACGAAUUAACUGAAGCCAGCCUGAAAACGAAAUUCACAACAGCAAAAUUUCCAAACUCACAUACAGACAAUUACUUAAAGUAUUUGAAAACUUACCACAGCCCAAAAUGAAUCACCAACUAUCCGUAUCCCAAUCCCAAGCUCAAUCCCGAUCCCGAUCCAUAUCCUAAUUUCAAUCGCAAUCCCGAAAAACCACCCAACAAACUUCCUCCAUACGCUGCAAUAGUACAACUUUUACAACCAAACAAUAUAUAUCAAAUAUAUAUUUAAUAUAUAUAGAAAUUAAAAUAUACACACACACCACAAGUACCUUAUCCCCGAAACCCCCAGAAUGAACCUAACAAUAGCCAUAGCAAUUUGUUGAAAGAAUUAUUAUUUGUUUAACAAUCAAAAUGUUGUAAUUAAUCCAGUUAAUUCCGAUUUAAAUCACAAGUGCCAACAGAUCAGGCAAACCGACGCUGAAGAUGAAUCACGUUUUUAUAGAGAUAUUUGUAUAAUCAUUUUGUACUCUUUUUAUAAGAUAAAGAUCAAUAAUUGUAUGCCGCAACAAGCGAACUAUUUUAAGCAACAGUUACCGUUUUUUUGCCUUUGGAAAACAUGUAUUUAAAAAUUUGAGUCAUUUCGGCCACACCACACACACACACACAUUUUAUAAUGAUUAUUUGUAGUUUUACACAUAACGAAAUUGCAGGGAUUUUUUGUCUUAUUUCAUAUUCUCCUACAAUAAACUGAUAAUAAAUUUGUAAAACCA